AUGCCAUCGAGUAAACUUGAUCCAUAUGCAGCACAAAUCAGUACCAAUAUUUUCAAGCUGACGAAUACAACACCAAUUCCAUUCGGAAUCACAUCAAUUUUUAGUUCAUUCGAUCAAGUAGCAUUACUUCGUUUUUUCGAACAACAUCAAACAUUAGGAGUUGAUAUUGCUCCAUUCGUAUUUGGUAUGCUAGUACAUUCAGCGGUAAUGCUUGAUGAAGUGGAACUUUACAAUCCUGACCAUACUGGCAGUAUUACAUCAAUGAAUUUAUUUAUUAAUUUAAUUGGUGAAUCUGGCACCAAUAAAUCUGGAUUAUUUCGAGUCUUCAACAACAGCAUCAAUGCGUUACAAAAAAGAUUUCCUUCAUUUUUUUCGAAGCCUAUUGUGGAGAUUACUAAUGAAAAAGAAAUAUUGACUACAAGUGAUUUAAUAGCAAACAAUGAGACCGAAUUAUCAUUAUUUCAACGACUCUCGAAACGAGAGAAUGUAUUUAUUUCAAGUGAUGAACUUGAUGUUAUUAAUACUCGAUUUGGAGUUUAUCAAGGUGGCUCAACGGACAAUGAUAUGAAAACAAUUGCUUCCAAACUUUUAUGUCAAGGUUAUGAUAUUAUGAAGAAUGUUUCUCGUACAACUGGAUCUUCAUCAUAUUUUAUUAAACGUGGCUCCAUCAAUAUUUUUGGAGCUUCAACAGGAAACAUGUUAUCAUCUGUAUGUCGACAAUAUAACAGUAAUACUACAUCUGAUGGUACCAUCAGUCGAUACUUAUUUAUCACAACAUCUGUUCACAAAACUUCAAAUGAUAUACCAUCCGAAAUUUUAUCUGUACAACCAAACAUCGUACAUGUUUUAAUUGUACUUCGUCUAUUGGCACAAUACAAGCCUGUUUUUGUAUUUGGUGAACAUCAAUCACCACCUAAUUUAUCAAAAUUAAUUAUUGUUCCACCAGAUAUUGAAGAAGCAAGAAAAAAUAUUUCGAAUCCAAUUUCACCAACUGAACCAAUAUCAAACUUGAAGCCAAAAGUGAUUGUUGACAUUAAAGAAGCUGAUAAAGAACAAGAUGGAUCAAUCAUCUCUGCUUACAAUGCUAUUCGUCGUGUUAUGGAAGCUGAACAUCAAAAAUCUUUACAAUGUGAUGCCAAGGGAAGUCCAAUUUAUACACCUUUACAACGAGCAUUUCAACGAAAGAGUAGCAACAAAUUAGCUCGUUUAGCUGGAUUAUGUCAAGCAAUAUCAUAUGCCAUUCAGUUAUGUUCUGAAUGUGUUAAUAUCGUUCGAUUUGGUGAUGGUCUUUAUCUUAAAGAAUAUAUUGAUGAUGAACAAAUUAAUUGGUUAAUGAGAUUUCAUGAUAAUGUUAAAGUACUUAUUGAACGAGAUAUUGCAAUGGCUCCUAAAUAUGGAACUGAUCAACGUCCAUUAAUUGUUAUUGAAAAAGCAGCUGUACAUGCUUCAAACAUGUUAUAUCAAUAUAAUUCAUCUACAAUUUCGGCUCUUUUCGAUGGUACAGCAAUUGAUAAUUAUGAAACAACAAAAAAUAACAAUAACAUUUCGAUUAACAAUGGAUUAUCAAACAAGUAAGUUCCGUCUAAUUUAGGUUUUAUAAAUUGUAAUACUAAUAAAACGAGUAGUAUGUUGCCGUAAACAUUUCAAAAAUUGUUUAAGAAUAUUGAUAGAAACGUUUAUUUCUUUACAGUUUAGUCUUUCUACGAAAACGCUUUUUU